GUUAUUUUUUUAAUCAUCUUCCAUGGCGUACUAAAAGCUGUGUGUAUUGUUAUAGUAUACUAAAUAAUUCAAUGUUGAUUCAUCGAUUAGAUAUAUUUAAGGAAAUUUAUCUCUUUAUAUAAAUUGCAAGAGCAAUUGGUGUUUUAAAUUUUGAAAAAGUGUUGUGGAUCGUUUGUGAGUUUGCAUUUAAUUUAAAUUAUAAUUUGUACGUUAGCUGUCAAUUUCCUAGAAAAGAUAUUUCAUUAAAGAUCAACAAUGGCUGCAGGAACUACAUUGCAAAAGGCGAUUGAUCUUGUGACAAAAGCAACUGAAGAAGACAAAAACAAGAACUAUGAGGAGGCCUUAAGACUUUAUGAACACGGAGUUGAAUAUUUUCUUCAUGCCAUCAAAUAUGAAACGCAAGGUGAGCGAGCGAAAGAGAGCAUCCGAGCAAAGUGUCUUCAGUACUUGGACAGAGCAGAGAAACUCAAAGAGUAUCUGAAAAAAGGGAAAACAAAGAAACCAGUCAAGGCAGGAGAAAAAUCAAAUGAUGACAAGAAGAGUGACAGCGAUAGUGACUCUGAUGACCCCGAGAAGAAGAAACUACAGUCAAAAUUGGAGGGAGCCAUUGUGGUGGAGAAGCCAUGUGUCCAGUGGUCGGAUGUAGCAGGGCUGGAGGGAGCCAAAGAGGCACUUAAGGAGGCUGUGAUUCUGCCCAUCCGCUUCCCUCACCUCUUUACUGGCAAACGAAUUCCUUGGAAAGGAAUACUCCUAUUUGGGCCACCUGGUACAGGAAAGUCAUAUUUGGCUAAAGCUGUGGCUACAGAAGCCAACAACUCAACAUUCUUCUCCGUCUCCUCGUCAGAUCUGGUGUCCAAAUGGCUUGGAGAGUCUGAGAAGCUGGUGAAGAACCUCUUUGAACUCGCAAGGCAGCACAAGCCAAGCAUUAUCUUCAUUGAUGAAGUCGACUCCCUGUGUUCGUCCAGGUCAGACAAUGAAUCUGAGUCUGCUCGGAGAAUCAAAACUGAGUUCCUUGUCCAAAUGCAAGGUGUGGGGAAUGACAAUGAUGGUAUACUUGUGUUGGGAGCUACAAAUAUCCCAUGGGUGUUGGACGCAGCCAUUAGAAGACGCUUUGAGAAGAGGAUAUAUAUCCCUUUGCCGGAGGAGCAUGCCCGACUAACCAUGUUCAAGUUGCACCUGGGCAACACGUUCCAUGUACUUACCGAGGAUGACAUGAAGGAUCUGGCUCGUCGAACUGAUGGGUAUUCAGGAGCAGAUAUCAGCAUUGUAGUACGUGAUGCACUUAUGCAACCAGUGCGCAAGGUACAGACAGCUACACACUUCCGGCGUGUGAGCGGCCCCUCCCGGACUAACCCUGAAGAAACAGUGGACGACCUGCUGACACCAUGCAGUCCAGGCAGUCAUGGGGCCGUAGAAAUGACCUGGAUGGAUGUUCCUGGUGACAAGCUGUAUGAACCUCCCGUCACUAUGAGUGAUAUGCUGAGAUCCCUGGCUACAUCCAAGCCAACUGUUAAUGAUGAUGACAUGGCCAAGCUCAGAAAAUUCCAAGAAGAUUUUGGACAAGAAGGGUGACUGUUUUUCAAGUAUUUCCAUGAAAUGGACCACUUAAUUGUGCUUAUUUUUUCAACAAUACUUUACCUUCACAAUAAAUAUUAUGAAAAAAAUAUAUAUAGUUGCUGAAAUUAUCAUAAUUUAUUUGAUAAUGGCAUAUUUGUAAUAUAUUUUUAUAUAAUUUAUCACUUGAAUCAUAAUGUAGUUGUUAAAUUUUAUUUUUGUGAUUUACGUUAAAACUUUAUUGUUUAGCAGUUCAUAUUUCUGUCUAUAAAAGCUAGAACUGAAGAAGUCUUUAUAUUUUUAGAACCUGGCAUUGCUACAACCUGCUGUAACUAUUGUAAUCUGUUUGAAAAUGAAUGUAAAAAGUAAUAUUAUAUUAAAGUAAAUGUGUAAUUACUUAGUUUUACAUUAAAUUGCAAUUUGUAAAUUUUUCUUGGUGUGAAACUAAAAUAAAUUAUUUAUCCUGUUAA